GCCAGGGGCAGGCGCUCUGGAAUGCCGCCCCGGUCCCUGCUGCUGCUGCUGCUGCUGCCCAGUUUCCCAGUCAUCCUGACCAGAGAAAUUCUGUGUGGAGGUUCCCUGCAACCCUGUGCCAACGGAGGCACCUGCCUGAGGCUAUCUCGGGGACAAGGAACCUGCCAGUGUGCCCCUGGAUUUCUGGGUGAGACUUGCCAGUUUCCUGACCCCUGCUGGGAUUCCCAACUCUGCAAGAACGGCGGGAGCUGUCAACCCCUGCUUCCCACACCCCCAAGGUCCCCGAGCCCCGCUUCUCCACUGGCCCCCAGAUUCUCCUGCACCUGCCCCUCCGGCUUCACCGGAGAGCGAUGCCAAACCCAUCUGGAAGACGUCUGUCCACCUUCUUUCUGUUCCAACGGGGGCCACUGCUACGUCCAGGCCUCAGGCCGCCCACAGUGUGCCUGUGAGCCGGGGUGGACAGGUGAGCAGUGUCAGCUCCGAGACUUCUGCUCAGCCAACCCCUGCGCCCAUGGCGGCGUGUGCCUGGCCACAUACCCCCAGAUCCAGUGUCGCUGUCCACCUGGCUUCGAGGGUCACACCUGCGAACGCGACGUCAACGAGUGCUUCCUGGAGCCAGGACCCUGCCCUAAGGGCACUUCCUGCCAUAACACCUUGGGCUCCUUCCAGUGUCUCUGCCCUGUGGGGCAGGAGGGCCCACAGUGCAAGCUCAGGAAGGGACCCUGCCCUCCUGGAAGCUGUCUCAAUGGAGGGACCUGCCAGCUGGUGCCGGAGGGAGACGCCACCUUUCAUCUCUGCCUCUGUCCCCCAGGUUUCACGGGUCUGAACUGUGAGAUGAAUCCAGAUGACUGUGUCAGGCACCAGUGUCAGAACGGGGCCACCUGCCUGGAUGGGCUGGGCACCUACACCUGCCUCUGCCCAAAGACCUGGAAGGGCUGGGACUGCUCUGAAGACAUAGAUGAAUGUGAAGCCCAGGGUCCCCCUCGCUGCAGAAAUGGUGGCACCUGCCAGAACUCAGCUGGUGGCUUUCACUGUGUGUGUGUGAGUGGCUGGGGAGGCCCAGGCUGUGACGAGAACUUGGACGACUGUGCGGCUGCCACCUGUGCCCCAGGAUCCACCUGCAUUGACCGCGUGGGCUCCUUUUCCUGCCUCUGCCCACCUGGACGCACAGGCCUCCUGUGCCACCUGGAAGACAUGUGUUUGAGCCAGCCAUGCCAUGGGAAUGCCCAAUGCAGCACCAACCCUCUGACAGGCUCUGUCCUCUGCUUAUGCCAGCCUGGGUACUCGGGACCCACCUGCCACCAGGAUCUGGAUGAGUGUCAGAUGGCCCAUCAAGGACCCAGUCCCUGCGAACACGGCGGCUCCUGCUUCAACACCCCCGGCUCCUUCAACUGCCUCUGCCCACCUGGCUACACGGGCUCCCGCUGCGAGGCUGACCACAACGAGUGCCUGUCCCAGCCCUGCCGCCCAGGCAGCACCUGCCUGGACCUGCUUGCCACCUUCCACUGCAUCUGCCCACCAGGCUUGGAAGGGAGGCUCUGCGAAGUGGAGACCAAUGAGUGUGCCUCUGACCCUUGCCUGCACCAAGCAGCCUGUCAGGACCUGCCCAACGGCUUCCUGUGCUUCUGCCUUCCCGGAUUCACGGGUGCCAGGUGUGAGGAAGACAUGGAUGAGUGUGGCAGUGCCCCCUGUGCCAAUGGAGGGCACUGCCGAGACCGGCCCGGAGCCUUCCACUGCGAGUGUCUCCCAGGCUUUGAAGGGCCACGCUGUGAGACUGAGGUGGACGAGUGUCUGAGUGACCCCUGCCCCACGGGAGCCAGCUGCCUUGACCUCCCAGGAGCCUUCUUCUGCCUCUGCCCUUCUGGCUUCACAGGCCAGCUCUGUGAAGUUCCCCUGUGCACCCCGAACCUGUGCCAACCUGGGCAGCAAUGCCAAGAUCAGGAAGACAGAGCCCACUGCCUCUGCCCUGACGGAAGUCCUGGCUGUGUCCCCGCCCAGGACAACUGCACCUGCCACCAUGGCCAUUGCCAGAGAUCCUCGUGUGUGUGUGACGCGGGUUGGACUGGGCCAGAAUGCGAGACCGAGCUUGGGGGAUGCAUCUCCACACCCUGUGCCCAUGGGGGGACCUGCCACCCCCAGCCCUCUGGCUACAACUGUACCUGCCCCCCGGGCUACAUGGGGCUGUCCUGUAAUGAGGAGGUAACAGCUUGUCACUCGGGGCCCUGUCUCAAUGGUGGCACCUGCAGCACCAGCCCUGAGGGCUAUUCCUGCACCUGCCCUCCAAGUCACACAGGUCCCCACUGCCAAACCGUCACUGACCACUGUGUAUCUGCCUCGUGCCUCAAUGGGGGUACCUGUGUGAGCAAGCCUGACACUUUCCUCUGCCUCUGUGCCACGGGCUUCCAGGGGCUUCGCUGUGAGGGGAAGAUUGGCCCCAGCUGUGCAGACAGCCCCUGCAGGAACAAGGCGACCUGCCAAGACACACCUCAGGGCGCCCGCUGUCUCUGCAGCCCUGGCUAUACAGGAAGCAGCUGCCAGACUCUGGUAGACUUGUGCGCCCAGAAGCCCUGCCCGCACACUGCCCGAUGCCUCCAGAGUGGACCCUCCUUCCAGUGUCUGUGCCUCCAGGGAUGGGCAGGACCUCGCUGUGACCUCCCCCUGUCCUGCCAGAAGGCUGCCAUGAGCCAAGGCAUAGAGGUCUCUGACCUGUGCCAGAACGGAGGCCUCUGUGUAGACAGGGGCUCCUCCUAUUUCUGCCAGUGCCCUCCUGGAUUCCAAGGCAGGUUAUGCCAGGAUAAUGCGAACCCCUGUGAGUCCAAGCCUUGCCAGCACGGGGCCACCUGUGUGGCCCAGCCUGAGGGCUAUGCCUGCCAGUGUGCCCCAGGCUACGAAGGACAGAACUGCUCCAGAGAACAGGAUGCUUGUCGGUCUCAACCCUGCCACAACCACGGAACCUGCACCCCCAGGCCUGGAGGCUUCCACUGCGCCUGCCCCCCAGGCUUUGUGGGGCUCCGCUGUGAGGGGGAUGUGGAUGAGUGUCUGGACCGACCCUGCCACCCCGAGGGCACUGCGGCCUGCCACUCCUUAGCCAAUGCCUUCUACUGUCAAUGUCUGCCCGGACACACAGGCCGGCGGUGUGAGGUGGAGACAGACCCCUGCCAGAGCCAGCCCUGCUCCAACGGAGGGUCCUGUGAAGUCACAGCAGGGCCACCCCCUGGCUUCACAUGCCACUGCCCCAAGGGUUUUGAAGGCCCCACCUGCAGCCACAAAGCCCCUUCCUGCGGCAUCCAUCAUUGCCACCACGGAGGCCUCUGUCUGCCCUCCCCUAAGCCAGGCUCCCCACCGCUCUGUGCCUGCCUUGGUGGCUUUGGGGGCCCUGACUGCCUGACACCCCCAGCCCCACAAGGCUGCGGGCCGCCCUCACCCUGCCUGCACAAUGGUAGCUGCUCUGAGACCCCCAGGUUGGGCAACCCUGGCUUUCAAUGCUCCUGCCCUCCUGGCUCUCCAGGGCCUCGGUGCCAAAGGCCGGGGGCAAAUGGGUGUGAGGGCCGAGGUGGUGAUGGGGCUUGUGAUGCCGGCUGCAGUGGCCCAGGAGGAGACUGGGAUGGAGGGGACUGCUCCCUGGGGGUCCCAGACCCCUGGAAGGGCUGUCCUUCCCAUUCCCAGUGCUGGCUGCUUUUCCGGGAUGGGCGGUGCCACCCACAGUGCGACUCUGAGGAGUGUCUGUUUGAUGGCUAUGACUGUGAAAUCCCUCCAACCUGCACCCCAGCCUAUGACCAGUACUGCCAAGAUCACUUCCACAAUGGACACUGUGAAAAAGGAUGCAAUAGCGCUGAAUGUGGCUGGGACGGGGGCGACUGCAGGCCAGAAGAUGGAGACUCAGAGUGGGGGCCCUCCCUGGCCCUGCUGGUGGUGCUGAGUCCGCCAGCCCUGGAUCAGCAGCUGCUUGCUCUGGCCCGAGUACUGUCCCUGACUCUGAGGGUCGGGCUCUGGGUGAGGAAGGACAGUGAUGGCAGGAACAUGGUGUUCCCCUAUCCGGGGACCCGGGCCAAAGAGGAGCUCAUCGGAACUCGGGAUUCCUCUUCAUGGGAAAGACCAGCCCCUCACAACCAGCCCCUGGGCAAGGAGCCAGACUCCCUUGGUGCUGGGUUUGUGGUGGUGAUGGGAGUGGAUCUGUCCCGCUGCGGUCCUGAACACCCUGCAUCCCGCUGUCCCUGGGACUCCGGGAUCCUGCUGCGCUUCCUUGCGGCGCUGGCCGCAGUGGGAGCCCUGGAGCCUCUGCUGCCUGGACCCCUGCUGGCUGCUCACCCUCAAACGGGGACCAGGCCCCCUGUCAGCCAGCUUCCCUGGCCUGUGCUGUGUUCAGUGGUGGCCGGGGUGCUUCUCCUUGCCCUAGGAGCUCUCCUUGUCCUCCAGCUCAUCCGGCGCCGCCGGCGGCAGCGGCGAGAACAUGGGGCCCUGUGGCUGCCCCCUGGUUUCGUUCGAAGGCCUCGGACGCAGCAGGCGCCCCACCGACGGAGGCCCCCACUAGGCGAGGACAGCAUCGGUCUCAAGGCGCUGAAGCCAGAGGCAGAAGUGGAUGAGGAUGGAGUGGCCAUGUGCUCGGGCCCUGAGGAGGGAGAGGAGGCUGAAGAAAGGGCCUCAGCCUCCAAGUGCCAGCUCUGGUCACUGAACAGCGGCUGUGGAGAGCUCCCACAGGUAGCCAUGCUGACCCCUCCUCAAGAGUGUGAAAUGGAGGCUCUGGACAUGGACACUCGUGGACCUGAUGGGGUAACACGCCUGAUGUCAGCAGUCGUCUGUGGAGGAGUGGAGUCCACCAUCGUCCAAGGACCGUGGCUGGGAACUCCUGAACCCUGGGAACCACUGCUGGAUAGAGGGGCCCGGCCCCAGACUCACGCUGUGGGCACUGGAGAGACACCCCUGCACCUGGCUGCCCGAUUCUCUAGGCCAACUGCUGCCCGCCGCCUCCUUGAGGCUGGAGCCAACCCCAACCAGCCUGACCAGGCAGGGCGCACCCCACUUCACACUGCAGUGGCUGCUGAUGCUCGGGAGGUCUGCCAGCUCCUACUGGCCAGCAGGCGGACUGCUGUGGAUGCACGCACAGAGGACGGGACCACACCUCUGAUGCUGGCUGCCCGGCUGGCAGUGGAGGACCUGGUUGAAGAACUGAUCGCCGCCCGAGCGGAUGUGGGAGCCAGAGAUAAAAGGGGAAAAACCGCACUGCACUGGGCCGCUGCUGUGAACAACGCCCGAGCUGCCCGCUCCCUCCUCCAGGCUGGAGCUGAUAAAGAUGCCCAAGACAGCAGGGAGCAGACGCCGCUGUUCCUGGCGGCGCGCGAAGGGGCCAUGGAGGUGGCGCAGCUGCUGCUGGAGCUCGGGGCGGCCCGAGGACUGCGGGACCAGGCCGGGCUGGCCCCGGGAGAUGUGGCCCGCCAGCGAAGCCACUGGGACCUGCUGACGCUACUGGAGGGGGCGGGGCCGCCCACGCUGGAGGCCCGUACGCACGCACGCACCGCGUCAGGGGGCGGGGCCGCGCCGCGCUGCCGGACGCUGUCGGCGGGAGCGCGCCCGCGCGGGGGCGGAGCCAGUCUGCAAGCUCGCACUUGGUCGGUGGACUUGGGGGCGCGCGGGGGCGCAGCCUAUGCGCGCUGCCGGAGCCGGUCCGGAGGCUCCGGAGGCCCUCCCUUGCGCGGCCGCAGGUUUUCCGCGGGCUCCCGUGGGCGACGCGGGGCCAGGGCGUCACAGGAUGACUGGCCUCGCGACUGGGUGGCCCUGGAAACCUGCGGCUCUGCCCGCAGUGCGCCGAUCCCGCCUCCGAGCCUGACCCCAUCCCCAGAACACGGAUCCCCUCAAGUUGCCUGGGGUCUUCCAGUCCACCAAGAGGUGCCCUUAAACUCGGGCGGAGAGAAUCAAAACUAGGCAGCUGCAUGGAGGGGAGGGAGUGACAGGCAGUCUGGAAGACUCCAGACUUAGCAGUAUGCUCGCUUGUCUUCCCCAUGGAGUAUGCACAGCACUGGGAAGAGGGUUUAGGAUGCCCGAAUGACACGUGCCGGGCUCUUCCUGGAAAAUAGAGCAGCUACAAGAGGACAAAGUGGAUUUUGAGAAUCCCUAGACUGGAACCAAGAACUGUCGGCAAAUUGGGUGUAAAAUGUUUCUUGUGUAUGGUUUCCCAAAGGGAACCUCUGCGAUCCACUACCCACAAGUAGCUGGCAAGUAUUUAUUGAGCACCUACCAUGUGCUGGGCGUUGUGUGGAUGAUGAAAGGUAACCAAUGGCUCCUCCAGCUGAUGACUCCUUGCCCUCCCUCUGCCCCUCCCUCCACCCCCCAAGUGGCGCAGGGAUGAGGCUUUGCUCUCUACCGACUGCUAUCUCUAAGAACCCCAAACUCAUGAAUAAUAAAGCUGAUUUAAAGUGUUA